GGGGCGGAUACCAGUAUACAGGAUCGGCUUCUCAUGAGGACACCACUUCACUUUGCUGCCAGUGGCGGCCACACACAAUGUGUCCAGUUUCUCCUCCAACACGGGGCAGAUACCAGUGUACAGGAUAAGGAGAAAAAGACACCAAAAAUGUUGGCAGAAGAAAAAGAGUGCACUGCCGUAGUUGAACUGCUGAGGCGUUUUGAAAUACAUGAUAUACAGAUGUACAUUCAAACCAGGACUCUGGAGUACCUUGCUGAAAUAUUAGACCCUGAAGAAUAUCGCAUAUUUACCCUGACCAACUUGGUCCCGAACUUUCCUGAUCUGUUUCAAUUCGGAAAAAUUCAAGGAGUGAAAGAUUGGAUCGCCAAGAACAAUUAUACCACUAUUAAAGAUAUAAGGGAGGGACUACUGGAUGCAAACCUUCCGCGACUGUCCCGCGCGGCAGUACAGUAUUAUGCUGAGGUGGUGGAGAACAUUUCAAACAAGUCCCCCGAUGGAUUUGAGGCACUCUGUAGAACCCUGACCACAGCAAAGUACAUGUACAUGUGCACACCAAGUUCAACAACCCGUGGUCUGAAAGGCAAAAGUGUACCUUUGGACCAAUACCGCCAGGACACGUUUAUUGCGUACGCUGAAGAGGAUGAACCUACCAUAGGAGCAGUUGUACGGGAGCUAAAGAAACUCGAAAUUCAGUGUUGGUUCGCCGAAGAAGACCUCAUUCCUGGAAAAUAUGUGAAUGAUGAAACUGUUAAGGCGAUCAGCACAUCUAGGUUUUCGAUCUUGUUCCUAUCCAAAAGUUUUAUCCAGAGUCGUGGGUGCAAAUACGUGAUGGAGAAUAUUAUAGAGAAUGCUAAAGAGAAAGAACAUGGUGUUAUCCCUGUUGUUAUGAACAUCUCUCCUGAAGAAUUCCCUGAGGGAUUACGCAACUGGGAACCCCUCUUUUUCGAUGACGAAGAGCUCAUUCCAAAGAUUGUGGCAACUAUAAAAGGAUCAAGAGACAUCCCUACGUAUGGUCAACUACGAGAUGAGAACGAGGCUUUGCGAGAUGAGGUCCGGCGAUUAACAGCUAAACUUUGUUUACAGAGCCAAUAAAUAGAGGUCACUGUGUAUAAUAAAUGCCAAAAGCCAUUCCUGCAGGAGUUCUUUUUCGAGAAAAGUGGACCUAUAACCAUGAAACCUUUGUGUACCUAGAUAAAAUUUUACACAGUGGGACAUUUUUCCUUGGAAAAAAGGAGAGUAAUUUAGAAACCCCCAAAACCAUGCAUAAAUGUUCUGAUACUUCAUUCACUGGUCACUCAUACAAACAUCGGACAUCAAAGUAUCGGACCCCAGUGCAACAUUGUGUCAGAGUACAGCAUUGUAUGCUGUGUGAUUAAGAUUUUUUUCAAAUCGUAAGUUUUUUAUUAUUUACUGAGCAUACCCAGUGUAAGAGUGUGUGCUCUAUGACUGUGGCAUGCCCGCAAGCUAUCUAUAGUAUAACUGGCUGAAAUAGUGGUUGGAUAGAACCAAGAUCGUGUGUGCUAUAUGUAUCUAGGAUGUGCCCACUAUAUUUCUAUAGUUACACUGUACCGUUGCAACUGUCCAAUACUGUCCAGGCUCACCCCAAAAUUGGACUAUACCGGUACAUAGCCUGGACUACAAGAUCUCACGCUUAAUUGUUAUGCGGUUAAUUAUUAAAUAUCAGAUAAGGUUUUGCAUGUGAUACGUACUCAUAUAUCCUGAGUGUAAGGGUGUACUGACUGUGAUGCUUUGUAUUAUGGUUCAAUCUCUAUGUUACGUCAGUGGAUCUUUUGUAUGCUCUAUGUGACCCAGGCCCGUAGCCAGCAAUUUCAAAAGGGAGGUUCUUUUUCUGAAAAAAAAAGUGGACCUUUUCCCAUGAAA